UCAAAGAUUUUGACUAUUAGCAGCUUCUUCUUCAUCCUGAAAUUUGCUUGUCCUUGUUUUUUAAGUAUCUUUUACUUGACAAUGGCUCAAACAGGUGCAGAUGAUGAUGAAAAGGCACAGUCUUUACAAGCUGAGUUUGCUUCUGGCGAUGACAAGGAGGAGCUUCGGUCGCAGUGGGCUACAGUUGAGAGAUUACCUACGUAUAAAAGGAUUACUACUGCUCUGUUUCAGAGAAGAGAUGAAUCUUCGGAUAAAGGGAGAGUCAUUGAUGUUACUAAACUUGAGGCUGCUGAGAGACAUUUGCUGAUUGAAAAGCUUGUCAAACAAAUCCAGGCUGAUAACCUCCAUUUACUCAGAAAGAUAAGGAAGAGAAUCGAUGAGGUUGGUAUAGAGUUACCAACGGUGGAAGUGAGGUUCAGUGACCUUUCUGUUGAAGCGGAAUGUGAGGUAGUUCAUGGAAAGCCUAUCCCCACUCUUUGGAAUAGUGUCAAAGGCAUACUAUCUGUAAGUAACAUUAAAUGUGUUUGCUACAUCGAUCUGGAAAUGGAGGGCUGUUGCCGUUUCCAUGUUCUUUACGGAAGGUUGUUUCUCUGUGUGGCUAAUUCAAAAACACUUGAUGGUUGUUUACAGGAGUUCAUCUGUUCAAAGAAAGAAACCAAGAUAAGCAUCUUAAAAGGCUUGAGCGGUAUCGUAAGGCCUGGAAGAAUGACAUUGUUGCUCGGUCCUCCUGGUUGUGGCAAAACCACUCUGUUACAGGCACUUUCUGGACGACUUGCCCCUUCAGUAAAGGUUGGAGGAGAAGUAAGUUACAAUGGUUGCUUACUUUCAGAGUUUAUUCCAGAGAAAACGUCGAGUUAUAUAAGUCAAAACGAUCUGCAUAUUCCAGAGAUGAGUGUGAGAGAGACGCUCGACUUCUCUGCGUGUUGCCAGGGCAUCGGAAGCCGAAUGGAAAUUAUGAAGGAGAUCAGUAGAAGGGAGAAAGUCCGAGAAAUUGUUCCAGAUCCUGAUAUAGAUGCUUACAUGAAGGCAAUAUCUGUUAUAGGUUUGAAAAACAAUAUGCAAACUGACUAUAUCUUAAAGAUCCUGGGACUCGAUAUCUGUGCAGAUACACGAGUUGGAGAUGCCUCGAGGCCUGGAAUAUCUGGUGGCCAAAAGAGGAGGUUGACAACAGGAGAACUGGUUGUGGGUCCAGCUACGACUCUGUUCAUGGAUGAAAUAUCGAAUGGUUUGGACAGCUCAACUACGUUCCAGAUAGUGUCAUGUCUCCAGCAGUUGGCGCAUAUAGCUGGAGCCACCAUAUUGGUUUCACUUCUUCAGCCUGCACCAGAAACGUUUGAGCUUUUCGACGAUGUGAUUCUGAUGGGCGAAGGAAAGAUAAUUUACCAUGCUCCUCGAGCUGAUAUCUGCAGAUUCUUUGAAGAUUUUGGAUUUAAGUGUCCAGAGAGGAAAGGCGUUGCUGACUUCCUCCAAGAGGUUAUGUCUAAAAAAGAUCAAGAACAAUAUUGGUGCCUGAGAGACAAGCCCUACAGUUAUAUAUCUGUUGAUUCAUUCAUCGACAAGUUUCAAGAAUCAAAUCUUGGGGUUCUGGUAAAGGAAGAACUCUCCAAGCCGUUUCAAAAGUCUCAGUCUCGCAAGGAUGGUUUAUGUUUUAGAAAAUACUCAUUGGGUAAAUGGGAGAUGCUUAAAGCUUGCUCGAGGAGAGAGUAUCUUUUGAUGAAACGCAACUCUUUCAUUUACUUGUUCAAAUCUGGACUGGUAACCUUCCUUCUACUCUCUAAAGAAGGUUCCAUCAUUAUUUACCAUUCUAUGCUCAACCCCCUUUUUUUUCUGCAGUUAGUUUUCAAUGCGCUAGUAACAAUGACCGUUUUUCUACAAGCUGGAGCUACGACGGAUGCUCGUCAUGGGAACUAUCUUAUGGGUUCUCUCUUCACUGCUCUGUUUAGACUUCUUGCUGAUGGGCUUCCAGAGCUCACUUUGACUCUCUCUAGAAUGGGAGUGUUCUGCAAACAAAAAGAUUUAUACUUCUAUCCUGCUUGGGCAUAUGCAAUCCCUUCAAUUUUCUUAAAGAUACCUCUUUCGGUUUUUGACUCGUUCCUUUGGACAUUACUCACAUAUUAUGCCAUUGGUUACAGCCCCGAAGUCGGAAGGUUCUUUCGACAGUUCCUUAUCUUAUUUACAUUCAACAUUUCGUGUGUAUCAAUGUUUCGCGCCAUAGCAGCAAUCUUUCGCACGUUUGUUGCUUCCUCAAUCAUCGGAGCUAUCUCUGUAUUGUUUCUCUCAUCAUUCGGAGGCUUCGUUAUUCCAAAAUCGUCCAUGCCUGCUUGGCUGGAAUGGGGAUUUUGGAUUUCUCCAUUGUCAUAUGCUGAGAUUGGUCUAACUGCAAAUGAAUUUUACGCUCCACGGUGGAGAAAGUUAAUCUCUGGCAACACUACGGCCGGGGAACAAGUGUUAGAUGUACGUGGACUGAAUUUCGGAAGGCACUCUUAUUGGAUAGGUUUUGCGGCUUUAAUCGGGUUUAUAUUCUUCUUCAAUGUCCUCUACGCAUUGGCUUUGACAUAUCGGAAUAAUCCACAAAGAUCCCGUGCUAUUGUCUCUCAUGGGAAGAAUAUUCAGCCCUCAGACGAAGAUUUUAAGCCCUGUCCGUCCCGAGCUAAAACAGGAAAAAUCAUCUUGCCUUUCAAGCCCCUCAAUGUCACAUUUCAAAACGUGCAGUAUCAGAUUGAGACUCCUCAGGGAAAGAAGCGGCAGCUUCUCUCGGAUGUGACAGGCGCAUUGAAGCCCGGAGUUCUCACAUCUCUGAUGGGUGUCAGUGGAGCUGGUAAAACGACUCUUCUUGAUGUCCUUUCUGGAAGGAAAACACGUGGUGACAUCAAAGGAGAGAUCCGAGUUGGAGGGUAUCCUAAGGUUCAAGAAACUUUUGCACGAGUAUCAGGUUACUGUGAACAGUUUGAUAUUCAUUCUCCUAAUAUAACAGUGGAAGAGUCUUUGAAAUACUCUGCUUGGCUUCGACUUCCCUAUAACAUCGAUUCAAAGAUCAAGAAUGAACUCGUCAAUGAAGUUCUUGAGACAGUCGAGCUUGAGGAUAUUAAAUAUUCCAUGGUGGGACUUCCAGGAGUUAGUGGUUUAUCCACAGAACAACGCAAAAGGCUGACUAUAGCUGUGGAGCUUGUUGCUAACCCUUCCAUCAUAUUUAUGGAUGAACCUACCACAGGGCUAGACGCAAGAGCCGCUGCCAUUGUUAUGAGGGCUGUGAAAAAUGUUGCUGAGACUGGGAGAACGGUUGUUUGCACGAUCCACCAGCCGAGCAUAGAUAUCUUCGAGACAUUUGAUGAGCUGAUCCUAAUGAAAAACGGGGGACAGCUUGUCUACUAUGGCCCUCUUGGAAAACAUUCAAGUAAAGUUAUAGACUACUUUGAGAGAAUUCCUGGAGUUCCAAAGAUCCAAAAGAACUGUAAUCCAGCCACCUGGAUGUUAGAUAUUACUAGUAAAUAUACAGAGGAACAACUUGGAAUGGAUUUUGCACAAGCAUACAAGGAUUCAACUCUGUACAAGGAGAACAAACUGGUGGUUGAGAAACUGAGUUCUUCGUCUUUGGGAUCAGAAGAUUUGAGCUUUCCUUCGCGUUUUUCACAGACAGGUUGGGGGCAACUAAAGGCUUGCCUUUGGAAACAACAUUGCUCGUAUUGGAGAAACCCUUCUCACAAUCUCACUCGCAUAGUCUUCAUGUUUCUCAACUCUACGUUAUGUGGCCUUCUCUUCUGGCAAAAAGCUAAGGACAUAAAUAAUCAGCAAGAUCUUUUCAGCAUAUUUGGCUCAAUGUACACUCUAGUAAUCUUCUCGGGUAUAAACAACUGUGCAACAGUGAUGAACUUCAUUGCAACCGAACGCAACGUUUUCUACCGUGAAAGGUUUGCUCGGAUGUAUUCCUCAUGGGCAUACUCAUUUUCUCAGGUCCUUGUUGAGAUUCCAUACUCAUUACUCCAGUCCCUUCUAUGUACUAUAAUCGUAUAUCCAAUGAUCGGUUACCAUAUGUCAGUCUACAAAAUGUUUUGGAGCUGGUACAGCACUUUUUGCUCGUUGCUUGUCUUCAACUACUGUGGCAUGCUUAUGGUCGCUUUGACGCCUAACAUCCAUAUGGCAUUGACUCUACGGACGACUUUUUUCUCCAUGGUAAAUCUGUUUGCUGGCUUUACCAUUCCGAAACAGAAAAUCCCAAAAUGGUGGAUAUGGAUGUACUACUUGAGCCCCACAUCAUGGGUGUUGGAAGGCUUACUGAAUUCGCAGUACGGAGAUGUUGACAAAGAGAUAAUAGCAUUUGGUGAGACGAAGAGAGUUUCAGCUUUCCUGGUGGAUUACUUUGGUUACAGACAUGACUCGUUGGCUCUUGUAGCGUUUGUCCUCAUCGCUUUCCCCAUUGUCGUGGCUUCUCUUUUUGCCUUCUUCAUGAGCAAACUCAAUUUCCAAAAGAAAUAGUUUCAGUUUUUUUGUAAUUAUUUGCAAAGCCCUGGUCCUAAAAAGUCUUGGUAUCCAUUAACACGGUUCUACUUCUAUAUCUCAGGCUGUCUUGUACAGUAUCUUUUGGUGAAGAGCAAUUAUUUUAUCUUA